AUGGGAAGGCCUAAGUUAGAUCCUAAUCUUACCCAUUGGAGAAGAGGUGGAAGAGGAGGUGGUAAAGGCAAUAGAGGUGGAAGAGGAGGUGGUAGAGGUGAACCUAAUGCUAAGGUUGAACCUGAGUUUGAGGUUAAACCUGAGGUUGAGGUUAAACCUGAGUUUGAGGUUAAACAUGAUGUUGUGGAUGAGGGGGAUGGAAUUGAUAUAUCAGAUAUGGAUAUAAUAGUCAGUUCCAUUCUAAAUUUGAGGUCAUCAAACUACAGUGAUGCUGAAAUAAUGUCUGUUCUUGGAAUUAAUGAAUCUCAAUUGAAGGAGUUUGGGUGUUUAAAUGUGGAAACCAAUGUUCAAGAAGAGACUCAAACAGUACAAGUGAAUGAAGAAGAGAUCAAUGAAGAAGAGGUCAAUGAUGAGGAUAUGCAAGAAAUCAUGAGGAGCAACACCCAACAAAUCAGAAGGAGGAAGCCAUCAGAAUGGAUAACUGAGUUAAAGUUGAAGAAGCAGGUGGUGAGCAACUUUGGGAUGACUAAAAGCACACCACUUAAUGUUGAAUAGGGCAAAUGAUUGUGAUAUGGUAGCCCCUUUUUUGUAAUUAAGUCAUUGUGUUGGCUUUAUAUAACUCUUUG